CAUCCUUCUCGCCUCGAUCCGAGCGUUGGCGGACCUGUCUGGACUGGCCUGGCGCAGAGUUUAUGCGGCCGGCGUGGAGACGCGCAUGAGGACCCAAUCGCGUAGACGGCGAGGAUGCUUCAACGGUGCCACGUCUGUGGUUACGGAGCAUCUGUCAAGCUCGCCCGCAGGGAACUCCAGAAAAGUUUCUGAUACGUCUCAUCAAAGUACUUUUCCAAAGAGUAUAAUAACAGUCGAGGCCCUGGCGGUAGAACAACAAGAAAGAGACAAAAAAGCAUCAAACAGUAAAAAAAAGCAUCAAGUCAUAUAUACCACUACUUAAUACUACAAUAUCCAUCUGUUGAUAUUCUCUCUUUGGAGUUCUUGGCUGAAUUUAAAAUAAAGCCACCCGUUGGGCCGUCCUAUCGAUAAGAUACUCUGCCCCCC